AUGGCCAAAACCCUGAAUGGGACGUAUACUGGCGCCCACCUCCCUGUCUGGUCACAAGAUGUUUUCCUCGGCAUGCCAUAUGCGCAGCCUCCCCUGGGCGACCUGCGGUUCCGCCGGCCACAGAGCAUAAACACCUCCUUCGCCUCCGAAGGGGUGCGCAAUGCCACGUCGUACGGGUACAGCUGCAUGCAGUACGGUUACAACUAUUCCCCAGGCUUAUCAGAGGAUUGUCUCACCAUCAACGUGGUGCGGCCGGCGGGUGUUGUGUCCGAGAAGAAGCUUCUCCCAGUAUUAGUGUGGAUCUACGGAGGCGGCCUCUACUGGGGCAGCUCGGCGGAUCCGCAGUAUAACCUCUCUGGGGUGGUCAAGCUGAGCCAGGAAAUAGGAGAGCCCGUGUUGGCGGUUAGCUUCAAUUACCGCCUGGGCAUGUGGGGGUUUUUGCAGACGCCGCAGGUUCUGGCGGAGGGGUCUAGCAAUGCUGGAUUAUUGGACCAACACCUAGCCCUCCAAUGGAUUCAAGAAAACAUCGCCUCCUUUGGUGGCGACCCCUCCCAAGUAACCAUCUGGGGCGAAAGCGCCGGCGCCCAAAGCAUAGCUUACCACCUCUUCAGCCACGACGGCCGCGAUGACGGGCUGUUCCGCGGUGCUAUCAUGGAGAGUGGUGGACCCACAGGAUGCCAGGUCGAGCCGCUGUCGUGGUACAAUUCCGCCGUCGAGAACCUCACGCGGGCAGUGAACUGCUGGGGGGUCGGAGUUCCUGAUCAACUCGCUUGCCUCCGGUCCGUUGACGCGGAUACGUUGUAUGCUGCGCAUCCGAGCGUAGUCUGGAAUCCGCUCCUCGACGGGGACUUUCUGACGGGAUAUCCGAGCCAGCUGAUGCAAGAGGGGAAGUUCAUCAAAGUCCCCAUUAUCACGGGCGCGAAUACGGACGAGAUGUUUGCCUUGUCGGGAAAACUAGACACAGAGGAGGAUAUCCUAAAUAAUAUCCUAUACUGGCGCUCCUACGGCCUGACCCCGGACACGGUCAGGCAGCUACUGGAGCUGUACCCCCACAACCCUUGCUACGCACCCCCCUACGCUAUCACAAACUGCAGCCUCGGCCCAUCUGCCGCAUCGAAGGGGGUACAGUGGCGGCGGGGGGCGGCGAUGGGGUCGGAUCUGGUCAUGGUGGCGCAGCGGAGGAGGAUGGCGGAGUUGAUGACGGAUGCGGGUGUCUCGGCAUGGAGUUAUCGAUUUGAUCAGAGGAUCUGGAAUGGGAAUGAGUGGGAUGGGGUCAAGCAUUUUCAAAAUGUGGCGUUUAGUUUUCAGAAUAUUUCGGGGUUGUUGGGGCCCAGUCCAGAGUAUGAAGGGCAUCUGGAUUUGGCGAGGGGGGUCGGGGCGGCAUAUGCGAGGUUUGUGAGGUAUUUGGAUCCGAAUGGGAGGGGCGCGGGAGGAGCAAAUACGACGCAUGGAACGAAUGAGACGGUUGGGGAGGGAUUGUUGCCUGAGUGGCCGGUGUAUAGUCUGGAGAGGCCGAGGAAUAUCGUGCUUAAUGCUACGAGGAGCUGGGUCGAGGAGGAUACAUUUAGGAAAGAGGGGAUUGCAUAUAUAAAUACGCCUGAGGUGAGUAAAGAGCUACUUGGAUAG